CGUGUGUAGGUUACUGGGUACUGGAUCUGGUUAAUGGUGGUGGUCAGAAACAGGCUUUUGACUCUGUGGAGGUACUAAAGUUAAAAUUUUUCUUGACAAGAAGAAACCACGUACAUACCCGCACUGCUUCCAUUAUAGCUCAUAAAUAUACCUCUCUUUUCAAUUCAUCGCCAUCUCCAUUAGAUCGCUCUGUCAUCAGCCCACGUAAUUUUUUUUUACAGUGCCAGAGGAAACCAGAGCGAGUUCUCUGCCUGCUUGCUUUUUUUUUUUUUUCUGCUUAGAGGGAGACCCAGAUUACAGAAAUGUCACGGCGAUCUGGGGCUUGCUUGCGGUGUUGUCUCGUCAUUUUUGCCGUAGUUUCAGCUCUAGCUGUUUGCGGGCCUGCUCUCUAUUGGAGGUUCAAGAAGGGGAUAAGCUUAGGUGAUAAUAAAUCAUCUUGUCCUCCUUGCAUCUGUGAUUGCCCUCCUCCCGUCUCUCUCCUCAAGAUUGCUCCCGGGUUAGCGAAUCUCUCAGUCUCAGAUUGCGGAAGUGAUGACCCGGACAUAAAAGAGGAGAUGGAGAAGCAGUUUGUGGACCUUCUGACCGAAGAACUAAAACUGCAAGAAGCAGUUGCAGAAGAGCACAGUCGUCAUAUGAACGUCACCCUUGCUGAAGCGAAAAGAGUCGCUACCCAGUACCAGAAGGAGGCCGAAAAAUGCAACGCUGCAACAGAAACGUGCGAGGAGGCAAGAGAGCGAGCUGAGGCAUUGUUGCUAAAGGAGAGAAAAGUGACUUUUGCUUGGGAGCAAAGAGCUAGGCAAUUGGGUUGGGAGGGUGAAUAAAAUUGUGAAUGUAGGGAGAAAAAAAGAAGAGAUUUUUCCAGUUGAAGUAGAGAGAAUUCUUAAAUGGGUGUUUAUACAAGCAAGGAAAUUGCUUUAAUUGUCAAAGGCAAAGCCUUUUUACUCACUCUUUUUAUAUCAUGUAGUUGAAUUUUAUACCCCUGGAUGUUUUGUAUCUUUCUGUAUGUAGUUUGUCUUGGCUUGUGAUGAGACCGUGUUUGGCUGUGCCAAUCUGUUCUUCUACCAUAAUACCAGCUCUGAUUUCUACA